CACUCACUCAUUCCCUCCUCCUCAGGCAUUGUAUCCACGUUCAUGUCAGAGAAAGCCCUGGGCAAGCAGGGAUCUAUCCUGAUGCUGACAAUGCUGACAAUGUUGACCAUGUCCACGGGCUCUGGCGAGAUCAUGGGAGUGUCCUCGGUCAUUGUCUAUGAUAUCUACCAGACCUACAUUUGUCCGUAUAG